AUGGUGGAGGUGAUGGUGUGCGUGCGGAACGGGAGCGAGGAGACAGAGGACAGAGAGGACAUGCUGCUGCUGGAACCCGCAGCUCCCACCACCACCACAGUUGCUGUGGUGCAUCAGCCCCCUCAGCCUUUCCCCACGGUAGACGUCCCUGAUCACGCACACUACACUAUUGGUGGCGUAAUCUUCGCCAUCGGCAUCACCGGCAUCAUGGGCAACUUUCUGGUCAUCUACGCAUUCACCAGGAGUCGUACUCUAAGGACACCUGCCAACAUGUUUAUAAUAAACCUGGCCAUCACAGACUUCUUCAUGUGUGCCACCCAGACUCCAAUAUUCUUCAUAACCAGUAUGCACAAGAGAUGGAUCUUUGGAGAGAAAGGUUGUGAGCUGUAUGCGUUCUGUGGGGCUCUGUUUGGGAUCUGCUCCAUGAUCACUCUCAUGGUCAUCGCUGUAGAUCGCUACUUUGUCAUCACGCGACCCCUGAGCUCCAUUGGCAUGCUGUCCGAGAAGAGGGCACUACUUGUCCUGACAUGUGCCUGGUUGUAUUCUCUGGGCUGGAGCCUGCCACCCUUCUUUGGCUGGAGUGCCUAUGUUCCUGAAGGUCUGAUGACUUCUUGUACAUGGGAUUACAUGACCUUUACUCCCUCAGUGCGGGCAUACACAAUGCUGCUCUUCAUCUCUGUCUUCUUCAUACCGCUCAUCAUCAUCGUCUACUGCUACGUCUUCAUCUUCCGUGCCAUUCGUAACAGUAAUCAAGACGUGACGAAGAUGAACAGGCACAAUACCAGGCACACAGUGAAGAGAUUCAACAAGAUGAAGAAAGAGUGGAAAAUGGCCAAAGUUGCCUUGAUUGUCAUCAUGAUGUAUGUCAUCUCCUGGUCUCCCUAUUCAGUUGUUGCCCUUACAGCAUUUGCUGGGUAUGCUGAUAUGCUGACACCAUAUAUGAAGUCAGUGCCAGCUGUGAUAGCCAAAGCUUCAGCAAUCCACAAUCCUAUCAUUUAUGCCAUCACUCACCCCAAAUACAGGUAUUAACAAAGCCCCUUCAUCCUCCCGUGAGCACUUUCAUCCUUCACUAAGCUAAAAAAAUAUAUUUAUUCAUUCAUUUCUUCUUUAUGCAUAGGUAUGAAAGGCUUCCCUUUGGGGUUUCCCCACUCCACAUUUGACUAGAAAUUAACUUGAAUAUAAAUUGAAGGC